UCAAAACAGCCAAUGGGGAUGUCUCAGUGUGUAAGAGAGAUUGUUCCAUAUUGCAUGUUAUAAUUGGAAAAAAAUCAUUAUAAGCAUUGCAGAUACCUUCAGCCUCUGUGCCGUGUUUUUCCGCUUUUUGACCGACUUGGUGUUUCUGUUCGCCUUUUCCCCAAUAUUUUGAAAUAAUUUGUCAUAUGAGUGGGCAACUGGUAUACUUUGUUGUUACACUAACCAGGAUAUUGAAAUUUACGGGGACCUCUAGGAUCCAUAAACAACGAGUUCAGUUUUGGUAUUGAUCUCGAAGCGGUUAUAGCAUGGGCAGAUCAGUGUGGAUUUGGGCGUUUUUCAUCUUGUUGAUUUAAGUUUACAGAGGAAACCAUUUUCCGAUCGACCAUACAGCAUGAAGAUCCCUUGGUGGAUUUUGCCGCUGUCUGCAUUGUGGAUUUACAAGCAAAGGACAAACUUGUGUGAAGCUUCAAGUCCAUGUUCUUUAAACAAUGGAGGCUGUAGCCAACAUUGUGUCCCACAAAACUCCAGACAUGAGUGCCAGUGUCUAACAGGCUUACCAGAGGAAAAAGAUGGAAAGACGUGUGAAGACAAAGUAAAUAAGUUGAUUCUUUUCACGGAUGCCGAAGCCAACUCGGCAAACAUCAUCUUCCUGGGUGCCAACUAUUCGGUGUCUAGAACCUUGUUCAAGGACCCUGAUUCUGAUUUUCUUGUUGCUUUGGACUUUGACCGUGUUCAAGAUCGCGUGUAUUGGACUGACGAAAGCCGAGGGCGCAUCAUGAGCGCCUUCAGAAACGGAUCUUCAGCGAAGAUUCUGUACUUUUGUAACGUUCUUCGUCCUGUUGGCUUAGCUAUUGACCACGUGGGACGAAACGUUUAUUGGACCGAUGCCGGGACAGACAGAAUCGAAAUAGGUCGUCUUGAUGGAACGAAAAGGAAGGUCUUAUUCAAAGAUGGACUUAAUGAACCAGGAGCCAUCGUGCUCGAUGAGAAAAAUGGUUUGAUAUUCUGGACGGAUCACGGCAACGAGCCAAAAAUUGAGAAAGCUAGCCAAGACGGAUGGCUCUGGUAGGAUGUCCAUUGUUACAAAAGACUUAUUCCAGCCAAGUGGACUUACCAUCGACCAUGCUAAAAAGCAUCUGUAUUGGGCUGAUGCUAAAGGCACCAUAG